GAUGAUUACUCGGUAUAUAUAUAUAAUAUAUGUGUUAUGUAUUUAUAUAAAUAAACAACCGAGAAAUAAACAAUUACAUAGUUAAUAAGUUAAUUACGGGUAAUUAUGUGAUUUUGUAUAGAAAUGGUAGAAGUAAGACAUUAGAUGAAGUCAUCAGUGAUUGAAUGGGAUAAAAAAGUAAUUUUCUGUCAGAAGAGAAGAGAAUAAUAGAAAAAUAUUGAUCGUGUUAAUAAAGUUUAACAUCCAAUUCACGUAACUGCUAUUUAUAGGUAUGAAAUAACGGAUGAGCACGUGCGGGGCGUUUACUUAGCGCUUAUACAAAAUUGCUAUUUUUUAAUGCCUCGGAUUAGAUGUACGGCUUAAAUGUCUGAAGAAACGCAACCAGAAGUACCAGUUCCGCAACCAAGCGAAGCAAACGGCGAAGAACCUCCGAAAAUGGAAAAAAGCGAAAAAUGCGAAAAACCCGCGGAAAAGCCCGCAGAAAAACCAGCGGCCAGCGGAGUCUCGUUUGGCGCGACUUUUAAAAAGUUUUCCAAGUUCGGUGACUCCAAGAGCGAUGGCAAGACGAUUACCUUGAGCCAGAGUGAUAAGUGGAUGAAGCAGGCGAAGAUUUUUGAUAAGAAAAUCACUACCACUGACACGGGGAUUCACUUUAAAAAGCAAAAAUUAAUGAAAUUAAAUAUGGAGCAAUACAAAGCAUUUUUAGAAGACUUGGCAAAAACAAAAAAGGUCGAAUUAUCCGAAAUAAUGAAUAAAAUGGCUAAUUGCGGUGAUCCAGGUGUUUCUUCCUCCGUAUCUGGCGCCGGAAAAGCUUCGUCAACCGUCGAUAGACUAACAGACGUCUCAAAGUACACAGGCUCUCACAAACAGCGUUUCGACGAGUCGGGAAAGGGCAAGGGUAUUUCAGGACGAAAAGAUGUCUCUGAUUCCUCUGGGUAUGUCCAAGGAUAUGGGCAUAAAGACACUUAUAACAAACAGUAAUCCCGUUAAUAUUUUCUUUAUCAUCACUCACACUUCCCAUCAAAGCUAUAUUUCAAAAUAUGAAA